AGCGCUUGGGCUCAAGCUUCCACGGGUGGACGCAGGUCUGGAAGCAGGCGCGAGCGCCCUCCUGCCUCUGCAAGCCAGCCCCCCGCGCCGACACGAUGGGGUGCUGCAUGGCCUCCCGCCAGUCUUUCGACAUGGCCUCCCGCCAGUCUUUCGACCUGACGCGGUACACAGACGCCACGAGCCUCUUCGACGCUCUUGCGUUCACCGUGGAGGGCCUUCACCCAGUGCGCUUGGUCCGCAUGCCGUGGCUUCUGCAGCAGCGCGGCACGGUCCUGAAGAGGCGCCAGGAGCUGCCAGAGGAGGCGUUCGUGUCCGCCGGCGAGCUGCGGGCCAUUUGGGAAGCCAGCGGGCGAGGAGGAAAGGACAAUGUGGCGCCGAUCAUCACCAUCUCGUUCUGCUGGGACUCACGCGAGCAUCCCGACCCCAAUGGGGUGCAGCUGAGCUUGGUGAUAGACACCCUGGAGCAGGAGCGCCACAAGUACUCCAGAGGAAAUAAUGACUUUCAGGGGUUCAGCGACAUGGGCGUCUUCUGGGACUGGCCCUCGCUGCUGCAGGGCGACCCCGACAAGGCCGAUGAGGCGAAGGCCGCCGCCCUGCGGCAAGGAAAAACCCAGAAGGACGCGCAGAAGGCCGCGGACGAGGCCAAGCGUACCCCCGCCGAGAAGGCCGCGUUCAAACAUGGGCUGCAGGAGACGAUGGACCUGUGGUACGCCCACCAAGCCACUACCGUCCUCCUGCUCACCCAGCGCCCCCGCGAGCGAGGCAGCGAGCGCGAGUGUGGCUACGACCAGUCGGGCUGGACAACGUACGAGCGUUGCUCCGCGGAGCAGAUCAAGAAGGUCUACCGUUAUGAGGCGAAGUGGGACGCCGUUGCCGACCUUGGGGGAGGGGCGGGGGUGACGAAGGCCGGGAGGAGGUGGCCGGUGGGCCCGGACGAGUUCGACCGGCUCAUCAAGGACAGGUCCUUCACCAACGGCGCGGACCGGGAGGCGGUGAAGGCGCUCUUCCGGCGGAUGAGCCGCGCGCAGCUGGGCGGCGUGACGAUUCUGGACUUCGACGGGAUGCCGCCCCCGACCCCCGCGCAGGUCGCGGGGCUCGCAGGCUGCCUGCGGCUGUGCGCCCGCCUGGAGAAAUUGGACCUGAACAAUUGCAACAUCGGCGACGACGGCGCGCAGGCCCUGGCGAAGGCGCUGCCCUCCACGCCCGGCCUGUGGUGGCUGGGCCUGGCCAGCAACGGCAUCGGCGACGACGGCGCGCAGGCCCUGGCGAAGGCGCUGCCCUCCACGCGCGGCCUGCGGCAGCUGUUCCUGGACAGCAACGGCAUCGGCGACGACGGCGCGCAGGCCCUGGCGAAGGCGCUGCUCUCCACGCGCGGCCUGCAAUGGCUGAGCCUGAGCAGCAACGGCAUCGGCGACGACGGCGCGCAGGCCCUGGCGAAGGCGCUGUCUUCCAUGCCCGGCCUGCAGGUGCUGUACCUGGGCCGCAACGGCAUCGGCGACGACGGCGCGCAGGCCCUGGCGAAGGCGCUGCCCUCCAUGCCCGCCCUGCGGAGGCUGUACCUGAGCAGCAACGGCAUCGGCGACGACGGCGCGCAGGCCCUGGCGAAGGCGCUGCCCUCCAUGCCCGGCCUGCAGUACCUGUACCUGGGCCGCAACGGCAUCGGCGACGACGGCGCGCAGGCCCUGAAGUCCGCCUUGGGCGACAGAUGCGAUGAUGUCUUGGUCCUCUGAGCCAGGGGCGAGCCGCACAGGGCGCGGGUGAGAAACGGGAGGGCGCGCGGACAAAUUUACCAGACUAGCGGUACCAGACUCAUGUACCAGACUAGCGGUACCAGACUCAUGUACCAGACCAGGCAUCAGCAUAGGCACGUGUGCCCUUGUCUUCCCAGUUUGGUGCCUCGUUUUGCCGCGAGGUCGGCAUCCUGGCCAGAUGCCUCGUUCGCGCAGUUUGCGUGGCCCCUGCGGCAUGCGGUAUGCGUGUUUUUCUGUUGGCGUCGGCGGCGCUCCCAAGGGGGGAAGCGAACCAGGGCGCAGGCCUUCUGCGGAGGCGCGUGGCUUCUCAGGAGCCCCCUGACCUUCUGCUGAGUGUUCCGUGCCUGCGGGGAGAGUUUUUGCUCGAGAAUCUGCCAGGAGGCCCGAGGCUCUCCGAGCUCUGCGUCGCCCAGCGCGCUCCACCACUCGCAGAGGGCCCGCUCGCAGGCACCCGAGACGCACACGUGCUCGCAUCGUCGUGGCAGCGGCUCGUAGAGCCCCCCCCCCGCGGCGGCUCCAGGCCACGUGCGAGCAGCUGCCCUGCGCGCAGUGGAGCGCGCCUGUCUUCUCUUCGGAGGGCCCGCCCCUUCUCGCUUUCCCCCCCGGGGGCUCGCCGACGGCGGUCGGCCUGCCAGGGGGGUGGUGCGCCAGCCACGGCGCCUCGCCGCCGUCCCCCCACCUGCUGCCGCCGCUGCGGGGAGCAGCGACCGCCUGGAGCGCGCAGCCCUGCCUCUUAUGCAGAAGAAGCAGCGUCGGGGGUGGACAGACCUCCUACCCUGACACGUCGAUUAGCGAAUUGUUGACGCUUCGCGAAUCCCCACCAGCCCAUCCUACACCAGGCAUUCGAACGAAGAGCGCCGAUGAUCGGCAGCUGUUCUCCUCCCCUUCUUCCUCCUUCUCCUCCGCCUUCUCGUCCUCCUCUCCUCCUCCUCCUCCUCCUCC